AUGUUGGGUAAAACUCUUAAUAAAUCCACGUUACAGAAUAUCCUUUUUCUAUUGAAAAUUGUGAUCUUUGUAUCAAUUGCCGCUGCUGGUAUAUCAUCAAGAUUGUUUUCUGUGAUACGGUUUGAAUCGAUAAUUCAUGAAUUCGAUCCAUGGUUCAAUUUCAGAGCAACCAAAUAUUUGGUCAACAACUCAUUUUAUGAAUUCUUAAACUGGUUCGAUGACAGAACUUGGUAUCCAUUGGGUAGAGUCACUGGUGGGACUUUAUACCCUGGUUUAAUGGUUACUUCCGGCGUGAUAUGGCAUUCUUUGAGAGAAAUUUUCCUUCUACCAAUUGACAUUAGAAACAUUUGUGUGUUGUUGGCCCCUGUAUUCAGUGGCUUGACUGCUUACUUCACUUACUGUUUGACUACUGAAAUGAAAGAUUCUGCCGCUGGUUUGUUGGCAGCCGCAUUUAUUGCGAUCGUUCCAGGUUACAUUUCUAGAUCCGUCGCCGGUUCAUACGAUAACGAAGCCAUUGCAAUCACUUUGUUGAUGGCCACUUUCUUCUUUUGGAUCAAAUCUCAAAAGACUGGGUCUUUGUUUUAUGCUUCAAUCGCUGCUGUAUCAUAUUUUUACAUGGUUAGUGCCUGGGGUGGCUAUGUUUUCAUCACUAACUUGAUUCCAUUACAUGUGUUCGUAUUACUCUUGAUGGGCAGAUACAACCAUAAACUUUAUACCGCCUACACUACAUGGUAUGCCUUGGGUACUAUUGCCUCUAUGCAAAUUCCUUUUGUUGGUUUCUUGCCAAUCAGAUCUAACGACCACAUGAGUGCAUUGGGUGUCUUUGGCUUGUUGCAAUUAGUGGCUUUUGGAGACUAUGUGAAAUCUCAAAUUCCUUCUAAACAAUUCAAGGCUUUCUUGAUUGCUUCAGUCACUUUAGUGUUUGGCGUGGGUCUCGUUGGUCUCGUUGGGUUGACUUACGCUGGUUAUAUUGCACCAUGGACCGGUAGAUUCUACUCUUUAUGGGAUACUAAUUACGCAAAGAUCCACAUUCCAAUUAUUGCAUCUGUGUCGGAGCAUCAACCUACUGCCUGGCCAGCUUUCUUCUUCGACAAUCAAUUCUUAAUUUGGUUAUUCCCAGUCGGUGUUUAUUUGUUGUUCCAAGACUUGAAGAACGAGCACAUUUUUGUCAUUGUUUACUCUGUCUUAUGUUCAUAUUUUGCCGGUGUUAUGGUCCGUUUGAUGUUGACUUUGACCCCAAUUAUUUGUGUCAGUGCUGCCAUCGCCAUCUCUAAACUAUUUGAUAUCUAUUUAGAUAUCCGUGAUGUUUUGAAGCAAGAUAAGACUGUCAAUGCUUUCAAGUCCAGAUCUCUUAAGCUCUUCUCUAAACUUACAGUUGUCUGCUCUUUCUGCUUCUACUUAUACUACUUUGUUUACCACUGUACAUGGGUGACCUCCAACGCAUACAGUUCCCCAUCUGUGGUGUUGGCAUCUAGAAACCCUGAUGGUUCUCAACAUUUGAUUGAUGACUACCGUGAAGCUUAUUACUGGCUUAGAAUGAACACUCCAGACGAUGCUAAGGUUAUGGCAUGGUGGGAUUAUGGUUAUCAAAUCGGUGGUAUGGCCGACAGAACCACCUUGGUUGAUAACAACACAUGGAACAACACCCAUAUUGCUACCGUUGGUAAAGCUAUGUGUUCUUCAGAAGACGUCUCUUACGAAAUUUUGAAAAAACACGACGUUGAUUACGUGUUAAUCAUCUUUGGUGGGUUAUUGGGUUAUUCAGGUGAUGAUAUCAAUAAAUAUUUAUGGAUGGUGAGAAUUGCCGAAGGUAUUUGGCCAGAUGAAGUCAAAGAAAAGAACUUCUUCACCCCAAGAGGCGAGUAUAGAAUUGAUGAUCUUGCCACCGACACCAUGAAGAACUCAUUGAUGUAUAAGAUGUCCUACUAUAAUUUUGUUGAAUUAUUUGGUGGCCAAGAAGCUACUGACAGAGUUAGAAACCAAAGAUUGUCCCAAGCAAGCUCUCCAAAAUUGGAUGUUCUUGAAGAAGCGUUCACCAGUGAAAACUGGAUUGUUAGAAUUUACAAAGUGAAGGAUUUGGACAACUUUGGAAGAGAUUUGAAAGAUGCUAACAGUUUUGAACAAUCUGUGAAUAAGGGUAAGAAGAAGAGAAUUGCAAAGAGACCAGAGUUGGAAUUGCGUGUUUAA